AUGAAUGAUUCCACAGCUUCUGGGGACUCUUCUUCUGGUAAUCAAACUGUCCCUACAAAAUCAACUGCCAAGAAAAAGCGAAAUCUCCCCGGAAUGCCAGAUCCGGAGGCGGAGGUGAUUGCUUUGUCACCAAAGACUUUGUUGGCUACGAAUCGGUUUGUGUGUGAAAUUUGCAAUAAAGGGUUUCAAAGAGAUCAGAAUUUGCAGCUUCAUAGGAGGGGUCAUAAUUUGCCUUGGAAACUUAGGCAGAGAUCAACGAAGGAAGUCAAGAAAAGAGUGUAUGUGUGCCCCGAACCUGGCUGCAUUCAUCACAGUCCUACACGGGCACUGGGCGAUUUGACCGGGAUCAAGAAGCAUUUCUGCAGAAAACAUGGUGAAAAGAAGUGGAAAUGCGAGAAGUGCUCGAAAAACUAUGCAGUUCAAUCUGAUUGGAAGGCACACUCGAAGAUAUGUGGAUCAAGAGAGUAUAAAUGUGAUUGUGGGACUUUGUUUUUGAGGAGAGAUAGUUUCAUUACACACAGGGCCUUUUGUGAUGCAUUAUCAGGGGAGUGUGCAAAAAAUAAUACAGCACUGGCACCUCCUAGUACUGAUGAGGAUCCUAAAAUUCAAUCUGUUAUGCCAUCACCACCUCCACCAGCGGUGGCAGCAACAUCACCAGCACCAUCACCACCACCACCGCCUCCACCACAGGCUUCACCAUCAGCUCCACCUUCCACUGCAAUGGUGUCCUCUGUUCUUCCUCUUCAAAAUCUAGAGUUGCCUGAAAGCUCCAGUCACAAUCCAACUGCUACACGGAUUUUUGAGGAGACAUCCAUGGUAUCCAACUCACCUGCAAAUUGUAGCAGCAAUAGUCUUUCCAGCAUCAAUGGUAGUAUAGGCAGUAAUGUUCUUGCCAGCUUAUUUGCUUCAUCAACUUCUUCCAGAAGUUUACAACCUCAAGAACCCAGAUUUCCUAAUUUAUUUGAAACCAUGGCUCAUUCUAAGCAGACGUCUGACAUUACACUCUGUACAUCUUCGGAACCCAUAUCUCUCUGCCUUGAAAUGAACCAAGGGUCGUCAAUUUUUAAAACAGCAGGACAAGAGUGCAGGCAGUAUACUACACCGCUGCAGCCUGCAAUGUCUGCCACGGCAUUGCUUCAAAAAGCUGCUCAGGUUGGGGUAGCUGCAUCAAAUGCAUCAGUUCUGAAGGGGCUUGGAUUAGUCUCUUCUUUGUCACCUUCAAGCGAACCCCAGAGAUGGGGCAGGCAAGAAAUUGAGUCUGAGGGUGCAUCAUUAGCUUCUGGUCUUGGACUCGGACUUGGACUCGGACUGGCCUGUGAUGGAGGGUCUGCUUUGACAGAACUGAUGUUGGGAACUCCAUCGGUUUUCGGUCCCAAGCACGCUACUCUCGACCUUCUAGGAUUAGGGAUGGCUGCGAGCGGUGGCCCUACUGGUGGGCUCUCUGCUAUAAUGCAAUCCAUCAAUGAUGGCCUUGAUGUUGCUGCAGCGGCGGCGGCAUUUGGUGGUGGAGAAUAUUCUGGCAAAGACAUGGGGAGAAGUUCAUGA